AUAGCAAACAGUGAUUAUUCGUUUGUCUCAAUCCGUAACCCUUUGCCUCCUGCGAAUGAAUCGUAUGCGAGUGUGGGUCUAAUCGCAUCAAAACAGUGCGACGGCUCAGCAUCGGGAUCCGUAGGACUAGCAUGGUCAGUCUGCUACGGAACUUUACAUCAAACUCAGGUGGACGCUUCUUUGAUGAAUCAUCGAGAAUGGACGACAGCAGAACGAUGCUCGAUCCCAUUCUGGCCACGGAAGAUGACGACAGCUUUCGACCGCUGCGUACUGUUCCAGCCUUCAGCAUUCAUCUCCUACUGUCGAGCUGCAUCUCUUUGACUGGAAUUAUUCUAGCUGCAACAUGGGAAGACAGUCGACGCUGUGAGGCAUACUUUAUUAUGCUUUAUUUGCGAGCAGGAUUUUGGAUCAUUACUUAUCUGUUUGAUCACAUCGUGAAAGCACAUCACGAAAAGCUACGGUUAAACGGUUAUCAUGAUUUCCAUCGUGCCACCGAACAGCACAAGGGCAUACCGCUGCAAGUUGUGUCCCUGUGGAACACGUUCCUGCUCGCAAUCCAAACGUUGAUUCAACACUACUACGGUGAUGCAUUCGGGGAGAAGUGCAUUGCGGUCGGUUUGCUAUCGCCGAUUAUCUACAUUUCUGCCUUUUCAGGCCUGGAAACGAUUGUGCUGUGCCUCGUGAAUGGAAGCUAUAUCGCCGCUGUACGACGCUUCAACCGCACCGCUUCACCGCCAGACGCAUUGCAGGACAACCGGGGCUUCAGUGGCGGUUCGCUGGGCCUUACCCAACGUGGCCUUAGUACUGCAGAGCUGCUAGAGAAACAGGCUGACCUGAUCAAGUAUUUGAAGGAUCAUAACUUGAAGCUGAAUCAAAAGAUUAUGCAAAUGAAUGCGCAAGUACGAACGGUCACGUACCCUGGUUAGGUUGGCAGCGUG